GGAGGCGUUCCCGCUAGUGCUAGGCGUUUCCGCGGCGCCGCGACCUAGCGCAAACCUCCAGUGAAGAUGGGGAAAGUGAGGACGCUGCGGGCACGUGUGCACCGGGCGGCCGUGAGGCUCGAUGGGGAGGCUGCACCCGGUCCUGCGCCCCGCGUCCCGGAGCCGGCUCUCCCACAGGCCUCGGCGGGCGGAGCGGGGGCAAAGGACUGGACAUUGGUUCACAAUGACAUCUUUGCCAGGACACAGAUAGACCCUAGUGCCUUGGUGCAGAGGCUGGAGCUGGACCAGAAGAGUGUGGUGUCCCUAAAGAAAGGUACAGAGCCAAAGACCAUUUUGCCCAAGAAGGAAAAACUGAGGCUUCGCCAUGAGCGAUGGCUGCAGAAAAUCGAAGCCAUAAAGCUGGCUGAGCAGAAGCUCAAGGAGGAGCGGAGGCGCAGGGCCACGGUGGUGGUGGGCGACCUGCACCCCCUGAGGGAUGCCCUCCCUGAGCUGCAGGAACUGGAGGCCAGCCGUCGGCAGCACACGAGAAGCAGAGUGACCAGCAAGCCCAGGCCAGUGGAGCUUCGCCGGAUGAGCGCAGCCCAGCGACAGCAGCUCCUUGAGGAAGAAAGGACCCGGUUUCGGGAGCUGCUGGCCAGCCCAUCCUACAGAGCCAGUCCCCUGCUGGCCAUCGGGCGGCAGCUGGCCCACCAGAUGCAACUGGAAGGUGGCGAACAGCUCUGACCAGGACAGUGUGUGCCAUUGAGAUCCGGAGGACUCACGUGUGGGUAGAGGUGCCAGCAGCUCUUGAGCCCUGUUCUGUACCUAUGUGGCCGCCUAACCAGUCUUGAGACCUAGGGAGGGGGAAGGAAGAGCUGCUGAUGAGGACAAAUAAAGUGACUUAUGGACUGUG